CCUUUCCAACAUUUUACCACCAUUUAGCUGGUGCGGAAGCAUUCUUGGCCGCAUACAAAGCAGAUCCUGGACAACAUUUGGUCAUCUGAUGAAUGAGAAUACAUUAUGCCUGAUCUUCAGUUAGUAUAAUUCUUUCUUCGCCGCGCACAUGCAGCAGCAGCGGAAGCAGAUCCUCGACAACAUCAGGUCCUCGGAUCUGAACUGCAUCGUGGUGAAGGACGUCCUCGGCGACAACGCGGAGGCGGCCGUGCGUCAGUGCCUGCGCCAGCUGCACCUGCUCAAGAACGUCUGGGUCGGCAUCCUGCCCAACAACGUCUUCACCAAGCUGAUGUCAACUCUAGUCAACAUGUUCGUUGAGGAGCUGAUCCACCGCGUGUGCACGGUGGAGGACAUCUCUAUGGAGAUGGCCAGCCAGCUCACCGACAUGUAUUCCGUCGUGGUGCAGAAGGCGCCGCAGCUGCUGCAGAGCCCAUCCGACGUGGAAACCCACGUGGCAUCCUGGACCAAGCUGUCCCUCCUGAUCUUCGUCCUCGGCGGCUCCCUCAAAGACAUCGAGGCGCACUGGCGCGACGGCACCGGCCCGCUGUCCGUGCACUUCCGCACCGAGGAGCUCCGCAGCCUCAUCAAAGCCCUGUUCCAGAACACACAGUUCCGCGCCAACUUACUGGCCAAAAUUAAGUAAACAUGUAAUCCCCAGUCAUUUAUGUAUUUAUUACCAUUAAUAAAUAUUGGUGUUAUAUGGUCA